UACUAGUGAGAUGUUGCAAAGCUUCGUUCCUGGCCUCCUCCUUGCCGGAUGUUUCGCAUCCUUCGUGGAGCGGGUGGAUUCUCUUUUUGAUCCUCGGAUUGUGGGAGGCAUGACAGUUGACAUAAGCCAACAUCCUUAUCAAAUGAGCGUCCAGCAAAUUUUUCAUAUUUGCGGCGCCUCCAUCAUCAGUAAGAACUGGGUUGUCACUGCGGCUCAUUGCGUAACAGCGCCGGCUAACUUUUACAGACUGAAUGCUGGAAAUAACGACAAAUACGAGGGCUCCUAUUAUAAAGUUAAAAGGAUUGUUCGACACCCAGGUUACAAUCCUAUGACGAUCGACUACGAUAUUGCCCUCCUCGAACUCGAUGACGAAGUCAGAUUUAACAGUAACAUGCAGCCAGUAAAGCUGGCGGAAAAGGAACUUGAGAGCGGCAUCAUGGUGAACAUUACUGGAUGGGGUGCGAUAAUGCCGGGUGGAUGGACGUCACCGGUGUUAAUGGGAGUAUCGCUCCCAAUCGUAGACAGAAAUACUUGUAAACUCAAAUACUGGUUCGUCCGCAACAUCACCGACAGAAUGAUCUGCGCGGGUUACUUGCAAAAGGGCGGCAAGGAUGCGUGCCAAGGCGAUUCGGGCGGGCCUCUCAGCGCCAAUAACACCCUCUAUGGAAUUGUAUCCUGGGGAUACGGAUGCGCUAGACCGGAUUAUCCCGGCGUUUACACCAACGUCGCGGCCGUUCGUCCAUGGAUAAAAUUGAUCAGCGGUAUUUAACCGUUGACAAUUGCUCACCCAUUGUUAGCGCAACUCCAAUUCUCGCGAGCGUAGAAAAUCAUAUGUGAAUAUUCAAUAGGAAAUUGAUGGCGAAUAUGAUACUGCUGGCGAAGACACUGCAAACAGUUUCGACAAUUUUAAUCAACUCCGGAGAAAGUACAUUCUCAGUUUGUGUAUCUAUGUUCGUUCGUAUGUUCUCUCAGCUAAAGAACCGUUAUAGAUAUUGGUCCGUAUUUUGAACCCCUUUUUAUCGGCAAAAGUGUUUCUAUGGGUGCGUUCGGGGAGCACGUUAUCAACGCUACCGCGUUCUUCUAUCUUUAUCGCUCCUUAAAUAUACUUAAGGAUAAAAUGACACGGUAGCGCUAAUAGCGAGCUGCCCGAACACACCUUAAAUGUGACUCAUUAGUCUUUUGUGAUUGGGCUAUUUAGAAGCACUUUUAUCGAUAAGAUAGAAUUCAGAAUAAAGAUUAUUAAGAUGAAACUUUUUAUAGCUUACUCAAUGUUAUCUACGUGAUUCUUAGAUCAGUGUCAUUAUCCGAAUUUAUGCAUAAGUGACCAGAAAAUUAGAUAAUUCCAUUAGUUUAUAAAAAAUCCGAAAACAUCCAGAAAUACGAGGUGAAAUUUUUAUUUUUAACCAACAUAAAAAAAGCUUUCAAUAAAUAAUUGAAAAAUA